ACGGACGUGAGGAUCCUUUCACUUCGACCAGAAUAGGAUAUCCUAUUUCCACUGUCUUCUUCUCCCGCGGUCGAGGUGCUCGUGUGUCCGACGAGAACUCAUCAAGAUGGCUUCCUUCUUUUCCAGUGUUCGUCAGGGCUUCAGUCGCCCUUCAAAUAGGAACGGCAACCAGAGAGGCAAUGGUGCUCAGACACCUUCCGCUAGCCCGAUUUCUGCAAACAGUGCUUCCGCCCAAUCGCUGCCUCAUUCUCCCUCGCUCAGUUCAAAUGUUUCUGUUGACAGCCCGAACGCCAAUGCCCAUGACGGCCAGGUAGCCGUGAACACCAAGCCGCCAUUUUUCUUUCGAGAAGAACAUGCCGGCUUUGUAGUCAAGGGGAACUUCAUGACUCUGGCCGCAAAACCGCAACAUGUUGAGCUUGGUGAAUGGCUCGCUCACCACAUGGUUGAACUUUACCGCAUCCUGGUGUGCCAACUCCAGUGUAUCCAAGAAUUAGAUGGUAACACUGGAAACCCUAUCUGCAACCCUCGCACUUGCCCUACAAUGUCCGCAGCAACCCACACUUAUACCUGGCUGGACCAGAAUAAAGCUCCCGUUAAGAUCCCUGCCUACCAGUACAUUAGCCUCGUGCAAAAGUGGAUCUCCGGGAAGCUGCUUGACCCGAACACACUCCCUACGGACCCAAAUACCGUCUCGUCUGCGACUCCCUCUGCAGCAACUUAUGCCUCUGGUGGGCUCAACACCCCUGGCUCGAAUACGCCUAUACCAGCAGGACCGACUUCUCUAAACCUUCCCCUUUCGGCGCUUGCUGGACACGACUGGAUCGGGAAGGCCAGCAAUUUUCCAGAACACUUUUACACGGAUUGCAAGAACAUUGCGAGACAAAUGUUCCGCUGCUACGCGCAUCUCUAUUGGGGUCACUGGCUUGACCCUUUCUAUCACAUUGGCCGGACCAAGGAUUUGAACUCUUGCUUUGUCCAUUUCCUUAAUGUUUCCUUGCUGUUUGGUCUCUUGACAGAAAAAGAUACCGAGCCCAUGCAACCUCUGAUUGAUAUCUGGAUUGCAAACAAGAGCAUCUCGACCGAGAAUCUUACAAACUUUCAGCAACGGCAGGCCACGCCCUCGCCUUCUGCGAAUGGAUCUUAGGCGCAUCGAAACUGAUAUGGUGAAAGAAAAUCUGGCGUUGGUCAGGGCGCAUAUUUUUAACUUUUUUUUGUUUAGCAUGGAUGACUGGCAGGGCGGCUUCACGGUUUGUCUCAAAGAUCUUUGCGUUUCUCUUACGGGGUGAAGGCAUUGCAAUGUCGUUCGGAUUUAGCUUGACAAGUAGCAUCAUAUAUUGUGGACUCGCUAGCGAAGUGCAAUAUUCAAUUGAUUUGGAGAUUCGGUCUCAAAGACUAUGUCUGACACAUGGGCGAAACCACAGCGUCGAGAAGAACGUUGAGAAGAGUGAUUGUGACAGUCACGGGGUGCAUGCGAGUGGUACAAACAAUUAGGGGCUGGUGAUGUGACAAUGCGCUGUGGACGGUACUAAAUCAUGGCAUGAGGACUCAAUUACCAAUUUGAGCGUCCCUUCGAGAGUCAGACUCAAUCAAUUCUAAUCAAGGAAUUACACCCGC